AUGUCCUACCCAAAGGUUCCUCCUAAACAAGCCCAAACCACUGCAGCUCGUCUAUCUGAGCAAAAGAAGCAGCGCUUACUCAAGCUUCAGGAGCGCGAAGAUCUGAAAGGCAUGCUAAUCACUAAAUUCAAGAAAAAGUACGGCGACAAAGUGCCCGGGUUCAUUGACAAAGAAGUAGAAAAUUUCAUGAAGGCUGAAACCCUAACUGAAGCAAAUCUGCAAAAACUCGACGAAAGGAUCCGCAAAAAGGCAGAGGGCGACUAUGAUACUCAAUCAGUGAGAUCUCAUCAAUCAGUUCCAAAAUCUCAACAAUCAGCUCCAAGUGUUCGCUCAGGUGUGUCUCAAAAAUCAAAAGCAUCACGUCAAACUCCUGUGGACCAGCAGUCAGACUUUGAUGGCCUUUCAGUGACAUCUUCACAGGUCACAGCUUCGUAUGUCCCUGAUGACAACGAAGACGAAUGGGCAGCUAUAAUUGAUCAUGACACCUUAAUGUAUAGAGAAGAAGAAAGAGCGAGGCUUCGACGUGAAAAUGAAAAUAAAGUCAAGCUCAAAAGAGAGCUUGAUAGGCAGCUUGGUGAAAAAGAAAUCAGAAAACAUAUGGAAGUGGAAGAAAAUAAAUUAUAUGAUUAGAUUAGAUUAGAUUAAUUAGUUUUAGCGGGUCACGGAGGUUUAUUUCAGCCUCUACCCAGCGCUGCCAGCUUCAGGCUUGCGCCCUAAGCACCGGCUCUGUUGCUCACUCCAUUUUCUGUCGACGUCACCAAAAAAUGGUGACGUCGUCAUCUGACAGGGAGACUCACCCAGGUACUCCUUUGAUCAGGGUCUAGUGACCCGGCGCCGUCCUUUCUGGGAGGGGAAAAGUAGCCUUCCGGAGUCUUCUUCAGGUCCCCAAGCUCCACUACAAGCUUCCUCACUUCCUUCUAGUCCUGAAGUGUGACUCCUGAUUCUGCGGCUCUGGUCUUCUCGUCUUUGUGAGAGGCAAAAAACCUUGUCGUGAUGUCCCGACCAAGGUAAAAAAAACCCACCCUGGACACAAUAUCCAGGCCCCGUUUACUUCUUAACCCCGUAGUCCCUGAGGGUACAGGAGAAGGACGGGUCGGAUGGCUCGCCAUUUUAAUUGUGUUAAAUUAUAUGAAGAAGCUCAUAAAUCUUAAAUCACUUAAUUAGCCUGACCCCUAGUCAGCCUCAAGAUAAACAACUCAGUUUUACCACUUAUUUGGUACCCAUGUUGGGCAUUGGAGUGCGGCUCACAUCCCCAAGAUUAUUCAGGAAUCCAGAAAUGCGCGGGAAUCACUAGCAGCUUGGCGCGUUUCCUCAUUCUUCUUUAGCGCUUGCUUGCCUAAGGAUCUAUCUUUUAUAUCAACAGUGGAAAGUAGUACAGCACGAUAGGCAAAGAAUGUGACAAUGAUCCCUGCCCUUUUCUUCCCCUUGUGCAAAAGUUAAUGUAACACUUAAUCCUAUAAUAAUAAGGUUGGGUGAGGGAAAGGAAAUCCACAGAGAGAAUUACCGUUUCAGUGAAGCCAUUUCAUAUUUAUAUAGAGAAGCUCAAAAGAAAAACCUUGAAAUGAUGGAAGAUAGAGAAAAGCAGAGAGAUCAAGAAUAUAGAGAUAAAAUUAUGCAGGAAAAAGCUUUGAGGGAUAAACAGUUGCAAGAAGAAAAAAGAAGGAAAAAACUAGAUGAAAGACAGCAAAAAGAAUUGGACACCAAAUUAGUGACAAGGCUCAAAGAAGAGCUUCAAAAUGAGCAGAUGAAUUUUGAAGAGCGCAGACGUGAAGAAAGAGCUUAUAUGCAGCGGAUGAUGAGAGAAAACGAAGAAAAUAAAAAGAAGCAGCAAGAAUAUAAAGAAAAUGAAAGGCAAAAUGAUGUCAACUCGAUGGAAGAUUAUGCAAGAAUGCUUGAUAGGCAAGAGCAAGACCGCCUUAACGAAAUAAAAGCUCGUGAAGAGCGCCAACAGCAAUUAAUGGCCCGCAUGGCUGAUACAGUUCUAAAAGAGCAAGACCAGCGCAAUAAAGAAGAAGACUUAAUGCUUCUCAAGCAAAUUGAAGAAAAAGAAAGACUCGAAAGACUAGAAGAUGAAAGACGCUUCCAACGUCAGCAACUUCAAAAAGAAGAGCUAACUCUUCCUCCUUGAGCGAGCCAAGUAAUUGGAAAAAUCAUUUUUUUAUUGCUAAAAAAAUCUCCCUCUGUGAGUGAACAAAAAAAUAUUUUAAUAUAAAAAUUUUACUAUAAAAAUUAUUUUAUAAUUGUGCAAUGAAAUCUCUAGCUAAUUUUGAAUUUUAAACUGCUUUAUUUUAUUGAAAAAUAAACUAAUUUUGCUUUCAAUUUUCAUUUCUGCAAAAAAAAAAUUUUACCAUAAACAAAAAAUUUUGAUUGCUCACAUUGGAUUAAUUUUUAAAGAAACUUGUAAUUAAAUUUUUCGCUUAUGGAGGGGAGUAAGAAAAUACUUGGAUCAGCAAGUUGAAGAUAAAAAGAAAAGAAAAGUCGCUGAUAAAAUGAACCAUGAAGAGCAAGCAGAUAUGUGGAAGAAGGACUCUGAAGAUUUCUUCAGACUGGAAGAUGACAGGAAGAAAAGAGAAAAAGAAAUUAAUAAAGUCCAUGCAGAAAUGCUGAAGCAGCAAAUGGCUGAAAAGGAUUCAAAGAAAGCUAGAGCCAAAAUGAACAUGGAAGAAGUAAGAAUGAAUAGAGACUUAUUGAAACAGAUUAAACAAGGCAAAGAAGGGGAAGAAGGGGAAGAAGAACAAGUUGUUUAA